AUGCAUAAAGUGCUGGUGCCCAAGUAUAAUGGAGCUCACCGCUUUGCGUGUUUGGCACUUUAUCGAGCGCUUCUCCGACAAUGCCGUCCUUCAGCUGCAGACACUCCGUGGCUGGGUGAAAUCAAACCCCUAGUCCGACAGAAUUUCCGAAAAUUUAAAAAAUUACAAAGCCCGUCACAAACAGCAAAUGCCUUGAAGGCAGGCUAUGAGGCUCUAGAUAUCCUCUCUUCAUCCCAUACCAACCAGCAUGAUGCACACCGUAUUACAACUCUCAUAGCCCAAGCCAAGUUGCAGAAAGAUAAAUAUGCUGAGUUGCAAAGGAAAAUUCGGCCAGUUACGCCGCCUGCCAAACCCCUUACGGCCAAGAAAGCCCGAAAAGCAAAAUCAAUCCGCUUCCAAGAGGAAACAAACCAGCGGCAUCCGAACGCCACCUCAGUCCUAAACCGACCCCAGCCGUUGGGCGACAAGAAGCGCAAUGUCCCUGUGCUUGUCAAUGCACGCGGGCUUCCGUUCUUGCGCUACAAAAAACCGCAGCCAAGAAACCUGAGCAGCGUGAUACGAACAAAACUUGGACGUCGCUGGAAAUGGAUUGAACUUCGAGACAGGCUGAAGAUAGAACUUCUUUUCGCCAAGGACGAAGAGGAGUGGGAUCGUGUCACCAAUACUAGGGAGCCAUCCACUUGGUCUGAGCAUCCUGCAAAAGCCAUUGUCGAUGUCAAUGCAAAAAUUGGACACUUCGACAUGCAUGCGAGGGAACUUGCAGACAAAAUGUGGAAGAUUGUCCUAGCUGAAAAGGCUUUGGCGGAAGAAGAAGCUAGCCAAAAGCAGCCGAGGCAAUGA